UACGAUAUUUAUGAAGAAUUUUAUCUUGACUUGGAGUUGCACAAAAAGGCACAAAGUUACAAGCUUUGUUCCGCACCCUCACAGAUAUAAUAGAGAAAUCACGUAAUCCGCUGUUCCUGCUCUGUAAUGCGAUAAAUCAACUGCUCGAACGCACUUGAAAAAGUUUCGUAAUUAAAACGUAAGCACGGACCUCGAGUGCCAUUACAGGGUUCCAAGUGCAGGAAUAUUGGUACUUUAACGCUACCGGAGCCGGGAGAUUUUGUUUUUAAAGGUGCUAAGAAAAACAGUGCCCGUAGACCGUGGUAAGAACACGCACAGCUAUAUUGGAUUACAGUCAAAAACUGAAUAUUACAAAGUUCGACAAAGCAUGUGGCUAUCAUUUUCAAGAAUUGUUUGGCAUGUCAACCGACGCCACCUUGAAUAGUUCCACUUCAACAGGAGACGCCGACAAUUAUAUCGUUCAGCUGAAAAAAUUCGGAUCUUCGUGGGAUAAAAAAUAACAACGCCAUGAACGUAAAAACGAUACUCUACAACCGAGUCCGCUUGUCGGACCAGAAAAAUUGGAGUUACAAGAUGGAUGCUAGCAUCCGCAACCGUUCUGAGCAAAGAAAUCGCGUUGAGGAUAUUCAGUGUCAACACCUGAAGCGACAGUUUGAUUUAGAACGACAGCUGUCUUCAAUGGAACUUUCACAACAGCAGAAAACUUUAUUAAGAAAGAUGGACAAUUUCAAAGAAAGGAUAGAAGAAUGUAAUGAGAGGCAUUUAAAAAGAAAGAAAAGUCAGGAACAAACGGAUAACUCAACACUUAUUGCAGAUGACUAUUUUUCGGAUAGGAGACUUAGAAAAUCGAUGACGCGUUCGAAAACAUUUCCUCCGGCAGAUUUGAUGAAAAGUGAACCCUUUCAAAGUAGAGACCUUACAAAUGCCAGCCAUAAAGCUGACAUGGGGUACAGUGACCAUAAUAAAAUUGCCCCACCGCCAGAAUCAUCACUGAAAUUAAAACGUUCAAAAACUGAUAUUUCGUAUUAUGUGCCUCUUUACGAACCGGAGGCUAUAGGUUCCGUAAGGAGGCAAAUGAAAUUCGCCAGUAACGCAAACAGAAAUUCCAGUAAAUUUCUCCUUCGAGCCAUAACAGACCUAGAAAAGCUUGAACACAAACAUCUAGAAGAGUUUGACCACAAUAUGCAUCAAAUGAAGGCACUCGAGGAGAAAACUGGACUUCGAUUACAUAUGUCAAAGAAAAUCAAAAGGGAAAUUUGGCAACCACCGCCAACCCCAGAAAACCCACAAACUCCUGCCAAUUCGGUAGCUGAUAUGUCAUAUUUCCCAGAUCACCCUAAAAGUCAUAAUACCAAGAAAGGAAAAUCCAGAAAAAUCUCCCGCCAAUCUUUACAGCUGCCUAGCAUUUCGCCCAACCAACGGGAAAACACGAAACAAAAUAAAUGUGGCAAGCCCAGUGUGCAUUUUAAAGAGGACGAUCCAACUAAGGACCCUUUCAUCAGCAAAUUAAAUACUUUUCUUAAUAAACCAAAUCCGGAGGCAAAAUACACGCCAAAACGAAAGACAGUGGAAACGAAACCAACCGAGUUCAAAGCCUCUCGUUCCCUCGCGUUACCGAAGAUUAACAUUGGGAGUAUCGCCAUGGCAAUGUCCCGCGAUUCAACAGCGAACCCUUUCAGCGGUUCGGCAGACGCUCCUCUGCCAUUGUACGAGCGAGACAGAGGUUUGAUCGACUCUAAUCAGGAAAAUUCAAUGUGGGUAUGGCUUGGAUUUGAGUCAGAGAAAGAAUUCAUGAAAGCGCUUGAAGCUAGGAAGCAAAUGAAAAAGCUUGCGGCGGCAGGGAAUAAAGAAGCUACUGCAGAACUCCCGAUAGAACCAGACGAACUCGACGCCUUCUUGGAUAAUCUCUCUGACGUGAGCACAGACGACGAGUCGGAUCAUGAACGCGACCACGAAGACGCUAGGUUUACGGUUUUUCAAGACGAAUCAAUUCGGAAGAAAGAAAAGGAAAUGCGCAAAAAGAAAAAGGCGGAACAACAGAAGAUAAAAAUGAUGGAGGCUCAACAACAACAACACCCCAUCGAUGCCGUUGCUGCAGCACAAGAACCUCUAAAAAAAGAUGCUAAAGAACGAAUGCGUACGGCUUUCCAGGCGGUGUUGGCCAUGAAAGCCUUGCAGUCAGGAAUGGGGGAUGGCACCACUGAAAACAGCAACGCUAUUCCCGAGUAAACAGAAUACAGGACAUGUAACAAGGCUCAAUGUAAAGAGAACAGCAAAAUUCUGGUCCAUUUGUUGCAAUUUUCCAAGCAUAAAUAUGUGAUAUCAAUUGUAAAUAAUAAAUUUUAAGUAUAAAGAUA